UCUUAGGUUAGAAUUCUGGCGUUUUGGAAAGUGCCCUUACCAUAGUGUCAAAUAUCACAGAGGAUAAUUUCAGAGAUAAUUUCCAGCGACACCACUUUAACAAAAUUUAAGGUGGCCACGAUGUCAAUUUUGGAAUAUUCGGAAGCACUCGUUGCACAGGGAAGAUCUUCGUGGAAAAACGUUCACAACUGUAAACUGUGUCCCUAUUUUACGACAUCAGUUUUGUGUAUGGUGAACCACGUGAGGCGACAUCGCCUAUCUCUGGGAAAAUUUACAUGCUCUAAUGCCAAAAUCGAAGUGUAUUAUUGUAAAGACUGCGAUUUUAAUACGUAUCUAACGAUUCUGUUUAAACAACACAUUAUCAAACAUCAUGGCUUUAAGAGUGAAUCUAGAGAGGAUUUGUCAAUCAAGGACUUCAGCAUCCAAAACUACGUUUGCGAAAAAUGCGCUUUCGAAACAAAUUUCUUGAUAAAGUGGCGUCAACAUACUUCUGCAUGCACGGAAAGGAAAGAAAAUCUUCAAAAUCUGAGUUCUUCGAGCCAGAAUGUCACGUACAAAGAAAAUGUUGAAUGGCACAAGUGUGAAAAAUGUUCUUUCAAAACUAAAUUGAAAAAUAGUUUAAAAAACCACAUGAGUAACGUACACUCUCGGGCAGAAGACGUUAAAUGGCACGAAUGCAAGAAGUGUCCAUUCAAAUCUAAGUAUAAGGAAUCUUUAAACAGCCACUUCAAUGCGAAACAUGUGGGGGAAGAAAAAAUUAAGUGGCACGAAUGCGAAAAGUGCCCGUUCAAAACUAAACAUCGCACGUCUUUAAGAUCUCACGUGAUUAGUCAACAUUUGAGUGAAGAAUUUAAGUGGUUCGAAUGUGCGAACUGUUUGUAUAAAACUAGAAGAGAAAAUAAUUUAAAACUGCAUAUAAGUGCUCGCCAUCCAGAUAUCGAAUCACUUCAGUGUGAAUCAUGUCCAUGUAAGGUUAAGGUAGGUCAUUUAAAGGAGCGUAUAUACAACCACCAUUCCAUAUACAAAUGUGAACACGCUGCUGAAUGGCACAAGUGUGAAAAAUGUCCUUUCAAAACUAUAUCACAAAAGUAUUUAAAAAGGCACAUGAAAAACGUACACUCGCGGACAGAAGACGUUAAAUGGUACGAAUGCAAGGAGUGUCCAUUCAAAUCUAAGUAUAAGGAAUCUUUAGACAAGCACUUCAAUGCGAAACAUGUAGGGGAAGAAAAAAUUAAAUGGCACAAAUGCGAAAAGUGCCCAUACAAAAGUAAAUAUCGCUUGACUUUAAAUUAUCACGUGAUUAGUCAACAUUCGAGUGAAGAACAAGUUAAGUGGUGCGAAUGUGGGAACUGUUCGUAUAAAACUAAAAGAAAAAAUAAUUUAAAACUGCAUGUAAGUGCACUUCAGCAUUCCGAUUGUAAGCGGUACAAAUGUGAACAGGAUGCUGAAUGGCACAAGUGCGAAAAAUGUGCUUUCAAAACCAGAUCAAAUAAGAAUUUAAAACGCCACAUGUAUUACGAACACUCGCGGGCAGACGUUAAAUGGUACGAAUGCAAGGGGUGUCCAUUCAAAUCUAAGUAUAAGCAAUCUUUAGAGAAGCACUUCAAUGCGAAACAUGAAGGGGAAGGAAAAAUUAAGUGGUACGAAUGCGAAAAGUGCCCGUUCAAAAGUAAAUAUCGCUCGACUUUAAAUUAUCACGUGAUUUGUCAACAUUUGAGUGAUGAAGAAGUUAAGUGGUACGAAUGUGCGAACUGUUCGUAUAAAACUAAAAGAAAAGAUAUUUUAAAAGAGCAUAUCAGUGCUCGCCAUUCGAAAUAAAAUCACUUUGGCAUUCCGAUUCUAAGCUGUACAAAUGUGAACAGGAUGCUCAAUGACACAAGUGCGAAAAAUGUCCUUUCAAAACUAGAUCAAAAAAGAAUUUAAAAAAGCAGGCAGAAGACGUUAAAUGGCACGUGAUUUCUCAACAUUUGGAUGAAAAAGAAAAUGAAGUGGUACAAAUAUUAAGACUUUGAAUUGUACUAAUGUGAAAAUUGUGCAAUUGUAAAACCAAAAAU